GGCGGGCGGUGCGCGCGGAAGUGCGGCGGAGGGCGAGGAGGACCGGCCCGCGGGGAGGACCUGUCCGGAGAGGAGACGUCCGGUCGCGCCAGUCGCGCCGCGUGUCCAGAGGGAGGCGGCUGCUGAGCCACCGAGCUGCGAAACACACGAAGCUGCGAAGCUCACGGAGCUGUGAAUUGUACGGAGCUACAAAGCUCACGGAGCUGCGAAGUGCACGGAGCUGCGAAGCGGCCCACGGAGCUGCAAAGCGGCUCACGGAGCCGUGAAGCUCACGGAAUUGCGAGGCAGCUCCGUGAGCUGCGAAGCGCACAGAGCUGCGCAGCUCACGGAGAGCCGCCGCCGAGCGGCGGAGCGGGCCGGCCCGUGCCUCUCGCGCCGGCGCCCGUCCUGGACGGGCCGGACGGCUGUGCGGUGUUUGUGCGGCGCUGGCACGUGCGUUAGGUCCUGUGCGGUGUUUGCUUGGCGCUGGUACGCGCGUUAGGUCCUGUGCGGUGUUUGCUUGGCGCUGGUACGCGCGUUAAGUCCUUUGCGUGGUGAGCUGAGGUCGCCGUCGCCAUGUCGCCUCCCCGCCAGCCGGACGUACCGACUGGAAAUGUCAUCAGAGUUUUGGCGCCGAUCAUGGCCCCGCGCGCCAACUCUGGCCUCGAGACCCACGAGGAAGAGAUAAUUGGCGACUCGCCGACGUUGGAGCCAUACCUGCACCGCGUCACUAACGAGACGUCAGAACACGAAUACGAUGAGCUCGGCAAAGAAGAAGAGGGACAGGAGAAGAUUUCCAUUAUCGUGGGAAUCGUCGUGGCUCUCCUGCUGGCCAUCCUCAUCGUCAUCGUCUGCGCUGCUGUCAUAAGGAGGAUGCGGCGUCGUGGCGCCCGGCUACCGGCGUCGGCCGAGGACGGCAAGGGCAUCCGACUGAAGCGCGUCAAGCCCGGCAAGGGCAUGGUGGACGACUACGACGGCGAGCCGAGUCCGCUCGACGACCUGCACGACCCCUUCCUCCAGUUUGUCUACAUCCCACCCAACCGAGGACUGAAGCUGUGGAAGGGCCGGCUCAAGAUCAUGACUAGGCACAUGACAAGCGACCGCCUGGCGCUGAAGUCCGACGGCGCGCCGAACGAUGAAAUCGUGUGCAUGGCAGAGCUAAGCGCGUGA